AUGGCCGCCCAUGGCCGGGCGUCCUGCCAGCUGCUCCGCCACGGCCGCCGCUGGUGCGCCGCAGCGCAGCCGCCCCGCCCAACGAUCGAGUGGCCGAGGCCGGGGCGCGUCGGGAUCGUCGGCAUCGGGCAGCUGGGGCAGGCCGUGGCUGGCAACCUGAUCCGUGCCGGCUUGAGCCCGGUCCUCCACGACAUCAAGGGCCCCUCGGUGGCCGGGGGUAUGCUGGAGCAGGGGGCCGAGUGGGCCUCCACGCCGCGCGCCCUGGCCGAGAGGUGCGACGUGGUGAUGACGGGACUGCCCCGGCCCGAGCACGUCUCAGCCGCCAUGGGCAUUGGCAAGGACGGCGGGGUGGGCGACAGCGGCAUUCUGGCAGGGCUGCAGCCCGGCGCGGUGUGGAUCGAGCACUCCACCACGGACUUCGAGAACACCAUGAGGAUCAGGUCCGAGGUCGAGAAGCGGGGGGCGUCUGCGGUGGCGGCGCCGGUGACGGGCGGGAUGCAGAUCCUCAAGGUCGGUAAGAUGGUGGCGCUCGUGGGCGCGGACGAGGCCACCUUCGAGCGAGUGAGGCCGCUCAUCUCGCUGUCGGCGCCGCGCAUUGUGCGCUGUGGGGAGUUCGGGCACGAGACGGUCGUGAAAAUUCUCACGAACAUGUUGUGCGCGGUGCAGGAUUGUGCCAUGGGCGAGGCCAUGAUGAUCGCCAAGAAGAGCGGCGUCGAUAUGAAGCUGCUCUUCGACGCCAUGCGCAUCUCCUCGGGCAACUCGUUCUGCUGGGAGACGGAAUUUGCGCGCGUUGCAGACGGCACCUACACGCCAGACUUCACGGCAGAGAUGAUGGCAAAGGACGUAGAGUUGGGCCAGGGAUUGGCAAGGCGGCACGGGGUGCCGAUGCUCAUGCACGGGCAGGUGGCCCAGAUAUACGAGAUGUGCAUGGCGCGCUACGGCAAAGACUCUGGGUCCACUAUCCCAGUGAAGCUGAUCGAGGACCUGUGCGGCACACCCUUGGCCGACGAGAAGCUCAAGGCCGCCUUCAAGGAUUGGACGUACACGACCGAGAUCGUCGACGGCAGUUACACGAUAGUCCACAAGAACAUCGACAACCCAUACUCUUCGAUCAGUCUGCAGAGCACGGAGAGAAAGUGA